AUGCCAGGCCCUAAAGCAAAGAAGCGCAAGGUCGAUAAUGGCCAUGGCAUAGCGGAUGAUGCCGCCGUUGACACAUCUCGUCCGUCAGCCAUCUUCAAGCCCUCGAAAGGGAGGACACAUACCUGCAGCCUCGCAUUACCAGGGAGCAUUAUUGCAAAUGCAACAACGCACGACCAAAAGACAAGUCUUGCAGGCCAGAUCGCCAGGGCGUGCACUGUAUUCUGCGUUGAUGAGGUCGUGGUCUUUGAUGACGGUCAGGCCGAGAUCCGCGAUCCAGAGCAGGGUGGCUAUACUGCAUACGCCGACCCCAACUUCUUUCUGUAUCACAUCCUGACCUACCUGGAGACGCCCCCGAACCUGAGGAAGUCUCUGUUCCCUAUGCACCCUGAUCUUCGGACUGCUGGGGCGCUGCCGAGUCUGGACAUGCCACAUCAUCUUCGAAGCGAUGAGUGGUGUCAAUUUCGAGAGGGCAUCACGAUAGGCCCUGGCAGGAACGGCCGCGAGGCAGGCACUCUGGUCGACUGUGGACUCGUCUCAAAGGUCUUGAUACCGCAGGAGAUUGAACCGAAGACACGAGUAACAGUGCAGCUUCCUGAGAGUGCCGCCAACCAGCACGCUGAGAUCGUCACUGGUGAGGCAGUAUCUCCAGAUACUCCACGAGAGCAAGGUGGCUAUUAUUGGGGUUAUGCUGUCCGACAAGCGUCAUCCCUUGGAUCUGUAUUCACCGAGUGUCCCUUCGACGGCGGCUACGAUGUCAGCAUUGGCACAAGCGAGCGAGGAAGUCCGCUCCAGGCUAUCACGGAGCAAGGUAGCGCUGCGUAUGUGGAGCCGACAUGGAACCAUAUGAUUAUGAUUCUCGGCGGUGUGUCCGGGCUAGAAGCAGCACUUCGCGCCGACAAGGAACUUCAGGCAGCUGGAGUAAGCCAGGCAGCGGAAGUGUUCGAUUGCUGGAUCAAUCUGGUAUUUGGUCAGGGAAGUCGCACGAUCCGGACCGAAGAAGCUAUCUGGAUUGGCUUGACCGGCUUGCGAGGACUGGUUGAGGCAAGGAACGAGCGGUAA